AUGGGUAACCCAAGAGGAGAAUGCAAGACCAUUACACUAAGAAGUGGAAAAGUUGUGGAGGAAACAUUCCCAAGUCAAAGCAACCAAGAAGAAGAAGCUGCAAAGGAACCUGAAACCAAGAAAGAAGAAGAGACCCUUACACCAUCCUCACCAAAACAAGUCCUAAAGCCUUAUGUGCUAAAAGCACUCUAUCCACAAAGGCUGAGGAAGGAUGGAAAAGACAGUGAUAUCAACAUUGAGAAAGCAUUGUGUGAUCUCGGAGCCAGCAUCAACCUCUUGUCCUUGGCUAUGAUGAAAAGAAUGAGGAUAGAAGAGGCCAAACCAACAAGAAUGGAACUUCAAUUGGUUGCUAGAACAUUCAAGUUUCCUCAUGGGGUGGUGGAGGAUCUGUUAGUAAAAGUAGGGGAGUUUAUUCUUCCAGCUGAUUUUGUUGCGCUUGAUAUGGAGGAAGAGGCCAACACAUCAAUCAUCCUAGGAAGUUGA